AUGUGCAGACUUCAGCGUGACCGCUGGUCCCCAGCCUCCAAUGUUCGACGCUGCUCUUGCUAUGCGAAAGACAAUAUCAAACAUUGUUGUGUUCAUCCAGGCUCCGUCAUCGCCACCUCGAACAACGCUCCUUCAGGCAUAGUGCCCGAUUCCCAAGCCUCCCAAGCUCACCACGAUACGCCUUUCAAAAAGGUCGAGGCUGGAAUCGAGGCGCUUUUUGCCGGCGAGAAGCAUUCCCACUCCCAUCUCGGAUAUGUGUGCGAUUACUUGCAUCCCGAGUUUUCAGUCAAUCGCUACCACUCUUUCGCGCCGGAAAACACUGGUGAUGCGAAAUGGUUUGUUGACGGCUGCUCCUACUUUCACGCAGUCUCUGAGGCGCUCGAGCGAGCCCAGAAAUCUAUUUAUAUUCUCGAUUGGUGGCUGAGUCCUGAACUGUACCUUCGGCGGCCACCUUCGAAAAACCAACAGUAUCGCUUAGACGCCCUGCUUAAAGGUGCUGCUGAGCGGGGUGUCACUAUUAAUGUCAUCCUUUACAAAGAAGUACCUGCUGUACUCCCAAUAGAUUCCGAGCAUUCCGAAAAGGCCCUCGAGGCUCUACACCCCAAUAUUCAUGUCUUCCGUCACCCAGACCAUAACCCCACUGGGUAUGAUAUCGAGUCUGAGCUUGGCAUAGCAUUCAAGGAUCUUACCCACUUUGACCUUGCCAAGGCCUCGCACGCUGCUAUUAAGGCUAUUUACGGUGUCAAGGAUGAUACAGUAUUGUAUUGGGCACACCACGAAAAGCUACUCAUAGUCGACAAAAGCCUUUGUUUUAUGGGUGGUCUGGAUCUUUGCUUUGGCCGCUGGGAUACAAAUAGCCAUCCAAUUGCUGACGCGCACCCCGGAGACCUGGAUGCAAUCAUUUUUCCUGGUCAAGACUACAACAAUGCUCGGAUUCUUGACUUUGCCAACCUGGACGACUGGAGCCAGAACAAGUUGGACAGGACACAAAAUUCGAGAAUGGGAUGGUCUGACGUCUCGCUCUGCAUGACAGGCAGCAUCACUCACAGUUUCGUCAAUCAUUUUGUCGACCGAUGGAAUUACGUGUACGGAGUAAAGUACGGUGAACAGAAUGAUAGCAAGUACAAGCCCAUGGACGCGCCAGGUGCAAUCGAGGAAGUUGGAAAGACUGUGUCUCGUGCGACUGGUUCACGCAGAAGACGAUUCGCCAAUUCCCUAAAGAGACGAUUCACCCAAGGCCUGCGCGGCCUCAGUCGAAGCAGAGAUGCAAUUAAAGAGCAGAAUCUGAAUAUUCAGCUCACACGCAGCUGCACUCGCUGGUCUUCUGGCCACCGCACGGAGCACUCCAUUGCCAAUGCUUAUGUUGAUGCAAUUCUCAAGGCUCAGCAUUUCGUGUACAUUGAAAAUCAGUUCUUUAUUACUGCGACUAGUAGUCAGCAACACCCCGUCGUGAACAAAAUUGGCGCAGCUAUCGUUCAAAGAAUCCAGCGCGCUCACUUCAAUGGUGAACGUUUCAAGAUGUGGGUUGUGAUACCUGCCGUUCCAGGGUUUGCUGGCGAUCUCAAGUCCAACGAUUCACUGGGUACUCGAGCCAUUAUGAAGUACCAGUAUAACUCCAUCUCCCGCGGAGGUCAUAGUAUCAUGGAGAGUCUACGCCAAACCGGCAUAAAUGAUCCGCAAGAAUACAUCAGUUUUUACAACCUGCGAAACUUUGACCGCAUUAAUACGUCUUCCACAAUAGAAGAAGCUGAGAAUGAAGCUGGAGUCGAGGAUGAAGGGGCGAGAAAGAACGACGACCAAGUUGGCUCAUGCCAUUGUCUCGAGGCAGAAGGUACUUGUGGAAAUUCGAAUUCUUGCCGAGAAUACCAGGUGCAAUCUCAGACAGUCGUGAACCAGACAAAGAAUGCGGCAUACAUGCAUCAACGAGACGGGCUCUCGCACUUUGUCUCGGACGAAGAUGCGGAUGCCGAAAUGGAUGCGUUUGUCAGCGAAGAACUUUACAUUCACACGAAGCUUCUUAUAGCUGACGAUCGCCUUGCUAUUUGUGGCUCUGCUAAUCUCAAUGAUCGUUCCCAGCUGGGUACUCAUGAUUCAGAAAUCGCCGUUGUUAUCGAGAAUGGCUCGCCAAUCUCUAGCACUAUGGACGGCAAGCCGUACCAAGCCUCCAAAUUUGCUUCAUCUCUUCGUCGCGAAAUCUUCCGCAAGCACCUAGGUCUGCUCCCGCAUCAGGAUCCCGAGCAGCCCAAUGCAAACUGGCAUCCCAUCACGGAAGCUCCCAAUAAUUAUGAUUGGGGCUCCCCCGCUGACGUUCUGGUCCGCGAUCCCUUGGAUCCCGACUUUGUUGACCUCUGGCGGGCAACAGCGAAGACCAACACGGAGAUAUUCCGAAGGGCUUUCCAUUCUGUGCCCGACGAUACGGUGCGCACAUGGAGAGACUACGAUGAAUUUUUUACCAAAUACGUCAAGACACCUGCAGACACUGAAAAGGAAGAGCAGACUAUGAGUGAAGAAAACAAUGCCAAGAAAGACGAUGCAAAAGCAGAUGUCGAACACCAAGGCAGUACUCAAGAGGGCAGACAAGAUGGAAACAAGGAUGCGAGCAACAGCACCGACGCAGAGUUCAGCAAAGAGAACAAAGAACUGCAGCAGGUCGAGGAGACCGCUCGAGACCAGGAAGAGGCUCAAGUCGAUCGGGAUAUUUCCGAGUUGGACGAUAAGAAUAAAGACGGCAACAAGGCUGAGCAACCAUGCAAGACGGGCGAUGAGGAGUCGUCUGAGCAGUCAGAAAAAGCGGAAUACGGACACGUUGUCCGCAAGGAGUUUCCCGGGGGCGCAGAGGAGCUCCGAGAAUGGCUUGGGCGCGUGCGAGGGAGCCUUGUUGAGAUGCCGCUCAACUUUUUGAUCGACGUCGACGACAUUGCCAAGAAGAGCUUGGGGUUCAACAACUUGACGGAUGAGAUUUACACCUAA